CCCGCGCAUGCCGGGAGGGCCGCGGGGCGGGCCCGGCCCACGAACGGCCUCGGCGGGGCCGCCCGGGGGAAUCCCGGCGGCUACAGCGGGACGGGCACGGCAGGGGAUCCCCGGACCGGCCCCCCCGGGCCCCGGAGCGGCGGGGCGGGCGCAGUCAGCUCCCAGUUUCUGAGUGCAAAAUACUUGAUGGUCCAGCCGAGGGGAGAGAAGCAUGAGGUGGUGCUGGUUCUUAGCAUAAAGACUUUGGCUGAUUUCUCAGGAGAAAGGAUCAACACUCCAGCAUUUCAACAGCUGAAAAUGGUCGUUUAGGAUGGACUUGGAGCUCCUGAAGAAGCUGCGUCAGGCCAACCAGGACCUUCUACAAAGGCUCAAAACAAAGCAGGAGGAGAUCAGAAAAAGAGUUCCCAGCAAGCCACUCCUUCCAGCAUCUGUUCCUGGCAGCACAGCUGCUGAGGGCUCUGUCCCCUGGCCCAGGAGAGGGAAGGAGAAUCAGGUGGGUGUUGUGAAGGCCACAGCUGAGCCUGGAGUGGUGGUGUCUGUGGAACCCAGAGCUUGCACAGCCAGAGCAGCCCUCAGUUCACCUCAUAAACACAGCAGCAGGGCCAGAGGGGGACAGCAACAACAAGCAAAGGCACAGGAAGCAACAGGCUUGGAUUCCAGCUUUCCUGGGAAAGAGAAGAAUGUUAUUCCAGUGUCUGCAAUCAUUCCAUGCGGCAGAGAAGCCUCCAGAGUGGAUGGGGAUGGCCAUGCUCGAGGAAGCCCAGAGAAGGAAUCCUUCCUGCUGGGACUUGGAGAGAACAGAAAACAUCCUCUGCUCCAGGGUUUCCAUGAGAAGAAUCAACCAGACCCAUCACUGAGCAGAGUGCAAAAUGAGGAGCCCAGGGAGCAGCACAUGGUCAGCAGGGAACCCACAGUACCUAAAUCAGUCCUGGUGACGUCCCAGUCCAAAGAGCUGAAGAAGAAAGCUCGUCAUGUGACUUUUCAGCCUGACCCCGAAGAAGAUGCCACACCGGUGGGCAGCUGGUCUGCCCGUCCUUUCCUGGGCUAUGACUGGAUUGCAGGGCUCCUUGAGACAAAGUCUUCAGUAACAGAAAAACCUGAGCAAUACUUUGCUGAGCUGCAGCAGUUCCGACAGGCCAACAGGGAAGCUUGUAUUGAUGAGCAGGACCUGGAGCCCAAGGCUCUGGAUUGCACCGGUCCUGAACAAGAAGCAGAUUCGAUAACCGGUUCCCAUAAGUGUUUUUACUGUUACCGGUUAAACCAGCGCCUGUUCACUGUCCCCGUGGAUCCAGAAUCUGCCUGCCCUGUGUGUAAGAUCCCACGUGCCCACCAGCCCCCAGGGACACUGGAAGAGCCAGCCCAUGUCAGGGUCAGCAUUCCCAGGAAUACCCUUCUGCCUGCCCACAAGUACAAGGCCCAUCGCAGGAGGAGCUUUGAGCCAGCAGACGAUCUGGCCUUGCCCUCGCACUGCCUGGCUGGCUGGGAAAACAUCAUCCCUCCAAGCAACCCCAGGCUCAGCAGUUUGGAUCUGCGAUCUUCCCUGGAAGAGAGGCCUUCUCCCCAUCCUCACCUGGACUCGCUGCCCAGAGUGUCAAGAGGCACCAGAACCGAGGAGCUCCUGCCCCCCUUGGCACGUCCCAGGUCCAGCAGUGCCUCCCCUCAGAGGAGGCAAAGCAAGCGGCACCGGGGAGCAGCUCCCGGAUCAAACCAGGCGGCAUCGACGCUGUGAACCAUCAGUGUGACUGCCCAGGGGGAGGGGUGGGCCCAGCACGUGGGAACAACUCCCAGACGAAGCCAUUUGGAUGAAAAUUAAACUGGGAACAGAUUUUUCCGUGGUUUCCCCGCUCGCGCGGUGAGCGGUGCGCGCGUGUGAGGGUUCGGAUGGUCCGGUGCGUUGGUUCCCUGCUCUUUUUUUGCCUCUCACAGCUGCUCCUGAGAGCUGUCCCACCUGGGGCUGCCUCAAGGGAUGUGUCCAGGAUGAGGAGGAACAGCCAUGGCAGCGUUUGCCACCUCGGCUGAGUCACCACCAGUGGAACUGAGCUCUGAAUGGCAGGGGAGGAAGUGGCCUGGGAAGGGCCGGGUUCAGUGGAGUGACACAAAUCUGUUGGUUUCCAGGUGUUUGAUACGUGACACUGAAUAGUGCCUUAAACCUGAGCUCCUCAGUAAUUUAGUUAAAAUUUUAAAAAUCCUAUUUAUUUUCAGUGCAAUGUGUGUAGCUUCAGGGUACGUCAGAGUAACUGUGAGAGUGGAAAAACAUGUUAAAAUAAAAUGAGAGUUUAUUCAUUAACAAGCUAGAUAAUGUUAAAGCCUUAAAGUGUUUGCAAACUGUGCUUGCCUCUGCUUUUCCAAGUCCAUUGGGAGAUAAACAAAAAAAACCAUUUUGGAGUUUUUAAAUUGUACCAAAACAAAAUACAUCACAUAGCGUGAUUAGUUUGAACUUUAUAGACUGAUCUUGCUUUUCUUGCCUAAAAACAAUAAAAUUGAUGUUUUAUUUUGCCUUGA